AUGAGCGACAUCUGCGAGUCAUAUUACCCAUCUGAUGAACAUCACAAACGGUUUUGGGACCGCCAAAGCAAGAAGGAAGAAUUCGAAAUCAAUGUCCCCGAUGGCUUCCCGAAGGUUUUGAAGUCAACACUGGCGUGGAGAGGCGAGGACAUCCAAGACAAAGAGGCUCAGUGGAAGGUGAAGCUCUCUGUCGGGGACAUUUCUACCAUUCAUAACGCUAUAACAGCCUUUGAAAAGAACUCCCAUGAUCUUACACAGGUCUCUACCGCCACCUUCCCACUUCCCAUCGACCUAUCGCGACGCUUGAGGCAUCUCUCGGAUAACAUCUAUAACGGAACUGGGUUCCAGAUCCUCAGUGGCCUUGAACCGUCGCAGUAUUCCGCCAGACAGAACGUUCUUCUGCAUGCGGGUAUCAGUGCUCAUAUCUGCCCAGAGCGAGGUUUCGUGGACGUCUUUGCAAAGCGACCCGUUGGUCAUGUCGUCAAUGUUCUGAAUGACAGUGAAGGGGCAUCCAUGGCUCCAGCAUUUAGUGAUGGCCCCCUGUCCUUCCAUACGGACCAUUGCGAGGUGCUCUCAUUUUAUUACCAAGAGAUGUCUCCGACAGGCGGGCAAACAAUAUUGAGUAGCUCAUGGCAAGUCUACAAUGAGCUAUCCGCCCACUCUCCUGAGAUACUACAUACGCUCGCUGAACCAUGGGUGCUGGACUCAUUCAAAUCAUAUUCGUUGCAACCGCCGAGAAAGGUGCACUUCCUCUCCAAUCUCGGCGCCGAGAAUAUGCCACCUGUGCUCUUCCGUUAUUCUCGCUAUCCUAUCCUCGGGUGGCAGCGAAAACGAAACUCGGAAUUGCCAGCACCAAGCCAAGAUCAGAUGAGAGCUUUGGACGCUGUGCAAUUCAUCGCACAAAAGAACGCCAUCGCCUUGCCAAUAUCUCAAGGUGAUGUUAUCUUCAUCAACGACAUGGCAGUGUUCCAUGCUCGCGGCGAGUUCAAGGAUGGUGACAAAGGUAUGAAGAGGCACCUCCUCAAGAUGUAUCUUCGUGAUCCCGAGCAGGGCUGGACGGUACCUCAGUCUCUUCGGGAAACCUUUGGGGCGAGAUACACUCGUAAGCCUGGUGACCUGAGUCCAGAGGUCUGGGAUAUUGACCACGAACCCGGUUUGGAAGAGCUUUCAUUUGUCAACGGUUAG